GACCCGGAAGGAGAGCGCGGAGGUGGCGGCCGGGCAGGGCGGUGUGCGGGUAGGGCUGCGUUCCUUGGGAGCACGGCGGCAGUGAGGCGGUGCGCAGCGGGCGGCCGAAAUGGAUGUUGAAGGACUUAAAAAAUACUCGGCUUUGCAUCCCAAGCCCGCUGGACUUACUCUUCAGUAUGGCACCGCUGGAUUUCGCAGCAAGGCGCAGCAGCUUGAGCACGUCAUGUUCCGCAUGGGCAUGCUGGCAGCGCUCAGGUCCAGGGCCACAGGAGCUACUAUCGGUGUCAUGGUUACGGCAUCUCACAAUCCUGAAGAAGAUAAUGGUGUGAAGUUGGUUGAUCCUCUUGGUGAAAUGCUGCACCCAUCCUGGGAAGAAUAUGCUACGCAGCUAGCAAAUGCAGAGGACCAAGAGUUACAGAAAAUAGUAACUGAGAUCUGCCAAAAAGCAGCAGUGAACCAGCAAAAAGAUGCUUCAGUUUUUAUUGGUAGAGAUACCAGACCAAGCAGCAAGGAACUUUCACAGGCCGUAAUAGAUGGCAUCUCCGUUCUGGGUGGUCAGUACCAUGAUUAUGGUCUAGUGACCACACCACAGCUGCAUUACGUGGUCUGCUGCCAAAACACCCAGGGGCAGUAUGGGAAACCAACGCUGGAAGGUUAUUACCAAAAGUUAUCCAAGGCUUUUACGGAGCUGAUAAAGAAGUCUCUCAGCUCUGGAGAGGCUCAGAGGCAAUUGAAGAUUGAUUGUGCCAAUGGCAUAGGAGCUCUGAAACUGGCAGAGAUGGAGACCUAUUUUCCAAAGGAGGUACAAAUUCAGGUAUAUAAUGAUGGAACGAAGGAGAAGCUCAACCACCUAUGUGGGGCAGAUUUUGUAAAGGUUCAUCAAAAGCCACCUAAAGGGCUAGACAUGAAGCCUAACGAGAGCUGCUGCUCAUUUGAUGGCGAUGCAGAUAGAAUUGUUUAUUACUACAAGGACACAGCUGGCCAUUUUCACUUAAUUGAUGGAGAUAAAAUAGCAACUUUAAUUAGUAUCUUCCUUAAAGAACUCCUUGCCAAGGUGGGACAGACUUUAAAGAUGGCAGUGGUACAAACAGCCUAUGCCAAUGGGAGUUCAACGCGCUACCUGGAGGAGACGGUGCAGGUACCUGUUUACUGUGUCAAAACAGGAGUGAAACACUUGCAUCACAAGGCCCAGGAGUUUGAUGUUGGAAUUUAUUUUGAGGCAAAUGGACACGGCACAGUACUCUUCAGUAAGGCUGCUGAAAACACAAUCAGACAACUGGCAAAAGAGGAGAAAGAUGAUGCAAAAAGAGAAGCAGCGAAGGUGCUUGAGAACAUGAUUGACCUGAUAAAUCAGACAGUUGGUGAUGCCAUCUCAGACAUGUUGGUUAUUGAAGCAAUCCUGGCUCUGAAAGGUCUGACUCUGCAGCAGUGGGAUGCCCUGUACACUGACUUUCCAAGUCGGCUGCUCAAAGUUCAGGUUGCAGACAGACAAGUAAUUGACACAACUGAUGCCGAAAGACGUGCCGUUACACCUCCAGGGCUACAAGAGAAAAUCGAUGCUCUGGUAAAGAAGUACAAGCUGUCACGAGCAUUUGUCCGUCCGUCAGGAACAGAAGAUGUUGUGAGGGUCUAUGCUGAAGCAGACACGCAGGAGAACGCCGAUGCCCUUGCCCAUGAAGUAAGCCUGGCUGUUUAUCACCUUGCUGGUGGAAAAGGAGCACCGCCCCAGCCUAUUUAACAACUUUAGCUCACAACUGGACUUCUUUUUUAAUGCUACUUUCUUUACUCUGUACUAAUGUGGAUGUAUCGAAACCUUCUUGAUUGUAGGAAGGAUUACUCAGAACUAAGCAGAAUGCUACUUCACUUACUUCUUACCUUGGUUGGCAGCUUACCUCUUAGUGAGAUGUUCUUGAUGCAGUAUGGUCUCCUCCUCUCCAAGUCUGACUAAUUACUGAAGCUGAAAGGAUUUAAAGGUGGCAGGGGCCUUGAAUGUCAUUUCUUAGCAGCUGGCCUGCUUGGGGCCAUAGGGGAGCUACAUCUCUUGUCUUCUAAGGCUAAAGAGCCAUCCUUUGUACUGGCAGCAGUCUGGUUAUCAGCUUUUCCCAGACAGCAUGCAGGGAAGAUGAGCUCUCCAGCCUGGGCCAGUGAAGACUCUAGAGAGCCUUGCCAGAGCAGAGGCUCCCUUCAGCUACCCAGCAGCCCAUCUCCUUCAGCCAGUCAUGCCAAGCAGGUAUUUCUGUACGCUGAUGUGAGGUGGCUACCAAUAUGUAACAGAACUCAGCUUUCAGCUGCUAUUGUUAAUCAAAAGGGAUGCCUCCAGCUUUUGUUGAUUACAAGGAUUAUAGUUGGCUAACUGUUAAUUUCAUAUUUUAGUGUUACUGUGAUCAAAUUCCUUUCUACCCCACACUUCCCAGCUUAUCAUCACGUUCAUCCAGGCUGACCUCCCCCAUCAGUGCAGCCACAGUUGUGGCACAGCCUUGCUGCAUGCACACCUCUCCUGCAUGCCUAGAGCAACUGAACCUCUCUCACACAGGCAGUGUGGGGGAGCAGCAAGCCCUAGGCCUGAGUCAGUUCAGCUCAAGGCAGGGACACCAAAGUGACAUGAGAGCGCUUGCAAAUAAUACAACUUAUUAUUGCAGAAGUAUCUUCAGUAGAUUUUUUAUGAAAUUAAGAGAUGAACAGAAAUUAACACUUGAUCAUUUUUAAGGUGGACUUCUGUGACUCCUUUCACUCCCCAGUGGGGGUGAAGGGGCUAAGCCAAGGGGGAGUAACACUUCAUAUGCACACGUAUCACUCAUCCAUGUAUUUCAGUUCAGGGUAUCUACCUCUGACAAAAAUAUUAACUGUAUUAACUCCUGGUGUGACAUUUUUUUUAUAUUGUUAAAUAAGCACAAGUGCCAAUAGAUUCCCCCAAACCCUAAGACAAAUAAACUGGAAGCAAA